UCCGCUCCUCCGAAAGCUAAGCUAAUAACAUAGCUAACUACCUGUACGGCUGUACAUCAGUUCAAUUGCACAUUCCACGUCUUUGCAUGUAAACACACGACAGGUUUACGAUUGGCAAAGAAUCUGGAACAAAGUUUACACAACUAACGUGACAUAUUUGAACGGCGCGUGGAAGAAGGUUGUGGUGUAGUUUGUCUUAUUUGUGGUUGUGGCGUUAAGCUCGCAGAAGGCCUCACACCGGAAGCAGAAAGAAGAUAAAAACAUUUAAGAUAACGUCUUAAAUCGUCAAAAGAAGGCGGGAUUCUUCAAAAUGCGAGGUUCUUAUGGAGACAGAGACAGAGACCGUGGUCGCGACAGAGGAAGCCCUCGGUUUGGAUCCAGCAGAGGUGGCCCUCCACCACUGAAAAGAUUUGGAAAUCCUGGAGACCGUUUACGAAAGAAAAGGUGGGACCUGAAUGCACUUCCAAAAUUUGAGAAGAACUUCUAUACCGAGCACCCAGAAGUGCAACGAAUGAGUCAGUAUGACAUGGAGGACUACAGGAGGAAGAAGGAAAUAACUGUCCGAGGUUCAGGCUGCCCGAAGCCCAUCGUCAGCUUUCAUCAGGCACAGUUUCCCCAAUACGUGACGGAUGUGCUGAUGCAGCAGAAGUUUAAGGAGCCGACAGCCAUUCAGGCUCAAGGAUUCCCACUCGCCCUCAGUGGGAGAGACAUGGUGGGCAUUGCUCAGACCGGCUCAGGAAAGACUCUGUCGUAUCUCCUGCCUGCCAUUGUGCACAUCAACCACCAGUCCUACUUGGAGCGUGGAGAUGGACCCGUUUGCUUGAUCCUUGCCCCCACGAGAGAACUGGCGCAGCAGGUCCAGCAGGUGGCGCAUGACUAUGGGAAAUCAUCUCGCAUCAAAAGCACUUGUGUGUAUGGGGGCGCUCCCAAAGGACCCCAGAUUCGAGACCUGGAGAGAGGGGUUGAAAUCUGCAUUGCCACUCCGGGCCGUCUGAUUGACUUCCUUGAGGCGGGAAAGACCAACCUGGAGCGCUGCACAUAUUUGGUACUGGAUGAGGCUGACCGCAUGCUGGACAUGGGAUUUGAACCGCAGAUUCGCAAAAUUGUGGACCAGAUCAGGCCGGAUAGACAGACGCUGAUGUGGAGCGCCACCUGGCCCAAAGAGGUGCGCCAGCUGGCUGAAGACUUCCUUAAAGACUACGUGCAGAUUAACGUCGGAGCCCUUGAGCUCAGUGCCAACCACAACAUCCUCCAGAUAGUGGACGUGUGCAUGGAUAGCGAAAAGGACCGCAAGCUGAUCCAGCUGAUGGAGGAGAUCAUGGCCGAAAAAGAGAACAAGACCAUCAUCUUUGUGGAGACCAAGAAGCGGUGCGAUGACCUCACACGUAGGAUGAGACGCGAUGGGUGGCCGGCCAUGUGCAUUCACGGAGACAAAAGCCAACCGGAGAGGGACUGGGUGUUGUCAGAGUUCCGUAGUGGCAAAGCCCCCAUCCUCAUCGCUACCGACGUGGCUUCCCGUGGUUUGGACGUGGAGGACAUCAAGUUUGUCAUCAACUAUGACUAUCCCAACUCCUCGGAGGACUACAUCCAUCGGAUCGGCCGCACGGCCCGCAGCACCAACAAAGGCACGGCGUACACCUUCUUCACGCCGGGGAACAUCCGCCAGGCCCGCGAGCUGCUCCGGGUUCUGGAGGAGGCCAGACAGGCCAUCAACCCCAAACUGCUGCAGCUGGUGGACACUGGUCGUGGAGGCGGAAGCGCUCGCCCACGUUUCCGAGGCAGCUCCACCUCCAACAACCCCAACUUGAUGUACCAAGACCAGUGCGAGCGGCGAAUGGGCGGCACCAAGGACGGCCGCAGCAGCAGCAGCAGCUACGGCCGCGACAGUCGAGGCGGAAGCAGCCGAGACGGGGACCGCCUGGCCUCCUCCUCCUCUUCCUCCUCCUCCUCCUCUUACAGGGAUCGCAGCAGCAGGGACGGAGGACGCAGCUACAGCUCCGCCUCCAACCAGAGCAGUGCUAACAGUACCGGCAGUAACCAGUACAGCGCCAUGCCGGUGGGGACGGUGACAGCCCCCCCGCCUCUAAUGGGCCAGCAGUUCAACACAACCCAGCCUAUGAUGGCUCACUCCGCCUACCAGUUUGCUCCGCCUCCAGCGCCGCUGCCUGCGGGAAGAAAGUAACUUACACUUCAUCCACACCAGCUGAUUACACACAAACUGCAAAGUAACUUACACUUCAUCCACACCAGCUGAUUACACACAAACUGCAAAGUAACUUACACUUCAUCCACACCAGCUGAUUACACACAAACUGCAAAGUAACUUACACUUCAUCCACACCAGCUGAUUACACACAAACUGCAAAGUAACUCACACUUCAUCCACACCAGUUGAUUACACACAAACUGCAAAGUAACUUACACUUCAUCCACACCAGCUGAUUACACACAAACUGCAAAACAUCUUUGUCAUCGUUCACGUUCCUCUAGCAGCUGUUUCUAGGUGGGCCUGCUCUUUGGGGAAGUGAGUACCGUCAUUUCCUGCUCACUUUAUUGUACAAACGUCCUGACACAUGAAACAUUUACACAGGCUUCGCAAGCACACAGCAGCUGAGCGCUCUCUCUAUCCUCAUCCUGCACUCUGAAGUCCUCUCUAUCCUCAUCCUGCACUCUGAAGUCCUCUUUAUCCUCAUCCUGCACUCUGAAGUCCUCUUUAUCCUCAUCCUGCACUCUGAAGUCCUCUUUAUCCUCAUCCUGCACUCUGAAGUCCUCUCCAUCCUCAUCCUGCACUCUGAAGUCCUCUCUAUCCUCAUCCUGCACUCUGAAGUCCUCUUUAUC